ACUGCGCUCCUUUACCGGCUUCUCGCCCCUUCACUCCUCCCCAGGCUGAAAACAGACUUGUACAAACACCUCCUCUUGUAAUAUCACAGCACCAUCAUCACCAUGUCUGCCUCAGCGUCACCACCCCUCGCCAACCUCCUCCCCCCCAGCUGGAAGCCCCAAGUCACCGCCUGGCUCGCCGAAGACACGCCCUCGCUCGACUACGCCGGCUUCGUCGUCGGCGAACACGCGCGCACCGCCACCCUCUGGGGCAAGUCGGCGGGCAUCAUCGCCGGCCGGCCCUUUUUCGACGAGGUCUUCCACCAGUGCGGCUGCACCGUCGAGUGGCACGCCGAAGAGGGCUCACGGCUCGACCUCAGCAGCGGCGGCAAGAUGAAGGUGGCCACCGUCACGGGCCCGGCGAGGGGGCUGCUGCUGGGCGAGCGGGUUGCGCUCAACACGCUGGCGAGAUGCUCCGGCGUGGCGACGCAGAGCGAGCUGCUCGUGUCGAAGCUGCGGGCCGCGGGCUACAAGGGCGUGCUGGCCGGCACGCGCAAGACGACGCCUGGAUUCCGGCUGGUGGAAAAGUACGGCAUGCUGGUUGGCGGCGCGGACGGGCACCGCAUGGACCUGAGCUCGAUGGUGAUGCUCAAGGACAACCACGUCUGGAGCCGGGGCAGCAUCACCGAGGCCGUGGCGGCGGCGAAAGCCGUGGCCGGCUUCAGCAUGAAGAUUGAGGUCGAGGUGCAGAGCGAGGCCGAGGCGGACGAGGCGAUUGCGGCGGGCGCCGACGUCGUCAUGCUGGACAACUUCACGGGCGACGGCGUCAAGGUUGCGGCGGCGAGCUUGAAGGAGCGGUGGGCGGGCAAGAGGCACUUUUUGCUCGAGGUGUCCGGGGGGUUGAGGGAGGAUAAUGUUGAGCCGUAUGUGUGCAAUGAUGUGGACAUCAUCUCUACGAGCUCGAUCCAUCAGGGGGUGCCGCAUGUGGACUUUUCGCUCAAGAUUAAUCACUAAGUUUUUUUUGGAUAAUGGGAUGGAAAUAGAUACAAGUGUAUUUUAUCUGUACGUGUAUGUAUGUAUCGGUUUAUGAUGAGGGCUGGAUAUAUAAAACGUAGCUUGGGCGGCUUAUUUGAAUGGAAUCGUCUCUUUUGUUUACUUACAAUUUGAAGGCUAUACAUAAAAUACAAGAAGAUAACAAAAAAAGGUAUACAAAAAAAUCUACAAUAAGACACUACUCAAAUGCCUCAGUUAACCUCCUUGACCUCCUUCUUCGCCCCAAAGAUGCCGUUAAACGUUUUGCUCAGCCGCUUGCUCAGCUUCUCAUCGACAUUGGCUCCGGCCUCCUUUGCGGGAACCCCCG